AUGGCCGAACCAGACCGCCCGCGCCGCAGUGGUCAGAGCUCAUCUAAGUCCAAACAGCCAUUCGAGGUAGCUGCCGACGAAUACCAGGCUCCCUUUCAGCUGCCACCUAAGAAGCUUGAGUCCGAGCCAACACAGCAAGAGUCAGUUGACGGAUCGUCUCUCGUCGACUUUGCCCCGUCGCCCUACUUUGACGACCAGGAAGCACGCGAGGCCAUCGAGUGGGCCCAGUCUCAACAACAAGCCGAACUCGAUGCUUCCAACGAUGCCACUGCAGCUGGCGGCGUCGAGAUCGGUUCAAGGCGUCGACGAGAUAGCCAGGUUGGUAGCUACGAUGAAGGAGGCAGCAUCUUUGAUGGUCCCGGCGCUGGCGCUGUUCCCAGUUCGGUCAGCAGUAUGCGUCACGAGAUGGCAAGGCCCGAGCUCGGUCGUCGAACCUCUCGAAGCUCCCGCCGUCGCAUCUCCAUGGAAGGCCGCUCACCACGACGUACGCGUAAGCUUUCCAGUGCUUCUGCACAGAGCGACCAGAGUGAAGCCAUCACCUUAUCCAGCGAUCGCAGCGUCUCCCCAGACUCGGUGGCCGGCCGCCGCAAGCCCGCAAGCCAGCGCAGUGGCAGCACCUACCAUCUUGGUCGCAGGAAGCGCGUUCCCGAGGAUUCCGACCUGACCGGCUCCAGCCAGCCAAAGGGCAUGCUUGGCUCCAUCCUCGCCUCGAUUCGUGGCGAUCGGGCCGACGAUGACAACGACGAUGCCCGCAGCCGCCGCUCUUUUUCUCGGCCUCUUCUCUCCCGCAGACGUUCAUCAGGCUCCGCCAUCUCCUCGCGCACUGGCAGGUCAGACGCACGCCCGGAUGAGGAUGAUCAAGACGAAGAAUACGACAACAGCCGAGGUUGGAGCGACGACGACUACGGCUUUGACGACGAAGACGACGAUGACGAUUCAUACCGAUCCUCGGACGACGAUGCGUCGAACCGGAAUGGCAUUCUUCCUUCCGCUUUCGGCCCCCUCAGUGGCGCAGUCGAUCCCGUAUUUGGCGACACGCGCUACUCAACCGACCAUCCUCCCGAGGACCAACUGGACGCCGAGCUUGCUGGUCGAGAUCUAGAAGAAGGAGUAGCCUCCGGAUUCGGCCGCUCCGAGGCCGACCUGAGACACAACUCUCAGGCACGCCUACAAAACUCGAGUGCCAGCGCUGCACAAGCGAGAAAGGAAAUGAGCUACCUUGACAAGGCCUCCAAGAGCCGACAGCAGGUCUACUUGACCGAGGAGGAUACCCUCAUCCGCUUCACCGGCUACAGGACGCUCGUAGGCAACCAGAUCAUCUACUCGAUUGUCUGCUGCUUGACACUUGGCAUUGUCUAUUUGAUCGGACGAUGGCUACCUCGCUUUCGUCUCAAGUACGUCUGCAAGGAGGUCGAGUUCGAAAAGGCCGACUUUAUCAUGGUCGAAAACCAGUGGGGAGACCUUCACAAGGAAAAAACGACAACGGUUCCAUAUGCACGCCCCCUCGCCACCGUCUUUCCGCACUCUUCUCGCGAACCACCCGCUACUCAAGCAGAGGCGCAAUCGAUGCCCACCAUCAACCUCCCGCCUGAACUGGUCAACAAAAGCAACGCACCUUCCAAGACCGCUUCUGCAAAGAGCAGCAUCAUCAACGGCGGAGUUUCUGCAAACGGCACCAACGCCACCGGCAACCCAGGCGACACGUCAGGGGCUGGCGGCCUCGGCAUGCUUUCCGGCGUUCAUACCGAGCAGCUCAUGGACCUCACCUUCUUCGAUCACCGCUACACGCGCUAUGCGCUGCAUCCACCUAGCGGUCGUUUGCGCAUGGUCAAGGAUUGGAGAGAUCCGCUGUGGACCUCGCUCGCCGCCAUCAACAACGGUAUUAGCUGGGACGCCGAGAAGGACCGCACCAUCGUGUUUGGCAAGAACGCCAUCGAGAUCCAGGCGAAAUCCACAUGGCAACUUCUCGUGGACGAGGUGCUGCAUCCUUUCUACAUGUUUCAGAUUGUCUCGAUCAUCCUGUGGUCGUUCGACAACUAUUACUACUACGCUUUUUGCAUUGCCGUCAUCUCGCUCGUCUCGAUCUUCACGACGCUCGUCGAAACGCGCCAGACGGUCAAUCGGAUGCGCGAAAUGAGUCGCUUCUCGUGCGAUGUGCGGGUGCUGCGCGACGGCAACUGGCAGGUGCUCGACUCGAAUGACUUGGUACCCGGUGAUGUGUACGAUGUGGCCGAGCCGGGUCUGCUACUGUUUCCCGCCGACAGUGUCUUGCUCAGCGGCGAUGCCAUCGUCAACGAGAGUAUGCUCACAGGCGAGAGUGUUCCCGUGAGCAAGGUGCCGCUCACCACGCCCAGCAUGGUCGGUCUUCAUGCAGCCGGUACUGAUGUGACUGCUGAUCUGGCAAAGCAUUUCCUUUUCUCUGGCACGCGCAUCAUCCGUAUUCGCGGAAGCGGUUCGACGGACGAAACCGAAGCCGGUGCAAAGGCCAUGGUGGUUCGCACCGGUUUCAAUACCACCAAAGGUGCUCUGGUUCGUAGCAUGUUGUUCCCCAAACCGAUGGGCUUCAAAUUCUACCGCGAUUCGUUCCGCUUCAUUGGCUUCCUCGCCAUGAUUGCUGGUAUUGGAUUUACCUUUGCCGCGGUCAACUUUGUCAAGAUGGGCAUUGCUUGGCACACGAUUGUUAUCCGUGCACUCGAUUUGAUCACGGUCGUUGUGCCGCCUGCUCUGCCGGCAACCAUGUCGAUUGGCAUUUCGUUUGCCAUCAAUCGUUUGCGCAAAGUUGGCAUAUUUUGCAUCUCGCCCAAUCGCGUCAUUAUUGGAGGCAAAGUGGAUGUCUUUGCAUUUGACAAGACGGGUACGUUGACCGCGGAAGGGCUCGACGUGCUCGGAACGCGCACGAUCGAUCUCAAGGCAGGUAGAUUCAGCGAACUGCACGAGACGGUUGACGAGAUGCCGGUGGGUGCGGGUGGCAAGACGGAUACGGAUGCACGCAAGAUGCCCUUGCUGUACGCGCUGGCAACGUGCCAUUCGCUGAAAGUGGUGGAUGGAGAGGUGAUCGGUGAUCCGCUCGACGUCAAGAUGUUCGAGUACACUGGCUGGACGCUGGACGAAGGCAAAGAUCGUUCGGCGAAAGCGACCACCAAGUCCGGCACAGCUAAGAACGGCAAAUCGAAGCUUACGGAACGACCCCCAGCAUUGGUGCAGACCGUCGUUCGUCCACCUGGUGGACAGGCUUUCGAGGUGCAAGACGCGAUCAAGUCUGGACGUCAUGCACAUUUUCUGGAACUCGGAGUGUUGCGCACGUUCGAGUUCGUAUCGUCGCUCCGGCGAAUGUCGGUGAUCGUUAAGCGGCUCAAAUCGCAGUCGAUGGAGGUGUUUGUCAAAGGCGCACCCGAAGUGAUGGCGGAUAUCUGCGACAAGGACACGUUCCCAGCCGAUUAUGACGACCUGCUCUCGUACUACACCAAGCACGGCUACCGUGUGAUUGCAUGCGCUGGCAAGUCGAUGGCGGGCAUGAGCUGGAUCAAGGCGCAACGCAUGCGUCGCGAGCAGGCCGAGAGUGGACUACGUUUCCUCGGACUGAUCAUCUUUGAGAACAAGUUGAAGGAUGGCAGUGCACCCGCGAUCGAGGUGCUCAAGAACGCUAACAUCGUGACCAAGAUGGUGACGGGCGACAAUCCGAGGACGGCAAUCAGCGUUGCGCGCGAGUGCGGGAUGGUGGGACAAUCGGCUCACGUGUUCAUGCCGACAUUUGUAGAGGGAGAUCAGAGAAGUGCGCGUGCUGUGAUAGAUUGGUCCAGUGUGGACGAUGAUCGGAUCAAGUUGGACGCGUAUAAUCUACAGCCCAGGGAGGUGGAUCGGCAUGUGUUGGACCUGGACGAGUUUGACUUCCAGGAUUAUCAGCUGGCGUUGACCGGGGAUGUGUUCCGGUGGAUGAUCGAUUUUGCGCCUGUAGAGACGGUGCGUCGGAUGCUGAUCAAGGGGACCAUCUUUGCGCGCAUGUCGCCAGACGAGAAGCACGAACUGGUGGAACGGCUGCAAGCGCUCAACUACUGCGUUGGCUUCUGCGGCGAUGGAGCCAACGACUGUGGUGCGCUCAAAGCAGCCGACAUUGGCAUUUCGCUUUCCGAAGCAGAGGCUUCCGUGGCGGCUCCGUUCACCUCGAAUCGUGGCGACAUCUCGUGCGUGCUCGACACCAUCGCCGAAGGCCGCGCCGCCUUGGUCACCUCGUUCAACUGCUUCAGCUACAUCUGUCUCACCUCGCUCAUCCAGUUCUCCUCGGUGCUCCUCAUGUAUUCCAUCGGAAGCUCCUUGUCCGAUGGCCAGUUUAUGCUGGCCGAUUUCUCCGCUUUGUUGUUGAGCGUCUUUUCGGCGCGCACAGGCCCGCCGUAG